CUUGUCAAAUAAAUUUUCUCUUAAUUUUUUUCAAAAUUGCUCCCACCACCCUUCUAUAGAAUAUGGGCAAUUACAUGGACAAAGGUUCGCACACAUUUGAAGGAGAUGAGGAGAACAUACGUUCCGACAUACCAAAUGAUCACAACAGUUCGGAAGUGGACACCACAACCGAUACCCAAAGUAUCGUGAGUGCCACCUCCAGCAUCGAAGUGGCUCAGGAAGCUGGCGAAAGUAUUGAUUAUCACAUCUUCUCGUACAAACAAAAUAUACCCUUUAAACAGCGACAGGUCUUCCGAUGGGCGGCGGCAAAGCUGGCACUGACCGAGGAGCUGAUACGAACAAAUCAGCUACGAUCCGCGCAAUUGCAACAGUCAUCGUAUUUGGAAACGGAUACGGAAUAUUUAAGCGACGAUGAAAUGGAUGAGGUGACCAUUGAUCAACAGUUACAUUCCCUGGAAAAAUAUCGUACGGAAUUGGUACAGCUACUGGGACGAUUAUCGUUGAAUUCUCGUUCAAAGGCCAAACGGAAGAAGACGAAGAAAUUUAAACGGCGUAAGCUGAUAUCGAAGUGUAAUAACAACAAAGUGCAGAGCAGCGAUUGUGAUUAUGAUUCGGAGAUGUCGGAGGCGCCCAAGAUUAGUUUGCAUCUGACCAUAUGUCGGGAUAAGGUGGUGAAACGUCAGCCAUUGAAGAUUAAAAAUUGUUGAAUGGAUUUUGAGAAGGGAGAUUUGUAAAAUCUUGAGAUUUUUUUGAUAGUAUAAGUCGAGCGAGGAAAAUGUAUGAAAUACAAUAACAAAAUUUGAAGCGAGUUUUAAGAUUAAUAAAUAAAAGUAAUUUAAAUAAA